AUGGGAGCCGCCGCUUCUCAACCCUUGCCGCUCAGCGAGAAACCUUCCCCGAUCAAGAGAGAGGCAAGCGAGCCGGACACGAGUGAGAAGUGCUCCAGCGACUCUCUUGACAAUAUCACAGCCCUGCCGCUCUACCCAGUUCAAGAACGAGCCAUACCUGUGACGACUGAUCGCGUCCAAGAAUGGAGCGAUACUUUGCUAAGCGAUCCAAAGAACCGCCUGGCGAUUGCAAGUUUCGCUGGCCACUCUUUUGCAGAUAUACUCAUCAACAAUAAUGCCCUCAACCGGGACCAACACAUCUUUAAUCUCACUGUACCAGUGGAAGGCACUCCAAUCACGAACCAGAGGUCUUCCGGACGUUGCUGGCUCUUCGCAGCGACAAAUAUUUUCCGUGUCCCGUUGAUCAAAGCCUAUCAGCUGAAGGACUUCGAGCUCAGUCAGGCGUAUCUGUUUUAUUGGGACAAGAUCGAGAAAGCAAAUUGGUUCUUCGAGCAGAUCAUCAGUACUGCCCAUGAAGAUCUUUCCAGCCGGUUGGUACAGAAACUAUGCGAAGACCCGGUCACUGAUGGUGGUCAAUGGGAUAUGGCAGCCAACCUGGUGCAAAAAUACGGAUUGGUUCCCCACACAAUUUAUCCAGAUGCAUAUCAUGCGCAGAAUAGCGCGAAGAUGAACUGGCUUCUCACUGCAAAGCUGCGAGAGCAAGCUUUGGUCCUUCGCCAACAGGCAAAUAAAGGCUCGCACUCUCUAGCUGCUACCAAAGAGAAAUUUUUGGAAGAGAUACAUUCUCUAGUGACUCUCCUGUUGGGACCUCCACCAAGCCCUCACAAGAAGUUUGUUUGGCAAUUCUCAGACGCCAAUGGAACAGCCCGUGAGGUGCAGGUGACCCCUAUUGAAUUUGCCCAGCAGGCCUUCAAGCCUCGGUCGAUCUCUCGGAGUCAUCCAAGUGUCAGUACCAGCCGAUUGUUCAGUCUGGUGAAUGAUCCACGGCACGAGUUCAACCGGCUGUUGACGAUUGAUAGACUGGGGAACGUGGUGGAGGGAAGACCCAUCACCUACGUCAACGUAGAUACCUAUACCCUCAAGGCUGCCAUCAUUGCAAUGCUCAAGGCUGGACAUCCAGUCUUUUUCGGCUGUGACGUGGGCAAAUCCUACGAUCGUGACCGCGGAGUCUUGGAUGCCGAUCUCACUGAUAUCGCGCUUGGAUUCAAUGUCCCGCUGAAAAUGAACAAGGCCCAGCGGGUCGCCAGUGGGGAGUCCUCAAUGACCCAUGCCAUGGUCAUCACUGGGGUGCAUUUGGAGGGCGAGAGGCCGGUCCGGUGGCGCGUGGAGAAUUCGUGGGGCGAAGAUGUUGGACAGAAGGGAUGGUUCGUGAUGACCGACCGAUGGAUGGACGAGUAUACUUUCCAGGCUGUCGUUGACUUCAACUUUGUUCCGGCCAAUGUGCAGGCUGUCCUUGAGCAAAGCCCGAAGAUUUUACCCCGGUGGGAUCCCAUGGGAGUGCUUGCUUAA